CUCGGCUAACGGGCUCCGACCCAGCGAGCUCCGCGUCCCCGCGUCCGUCCCCGACAAGAGGCCUCCGCCGCGCGUGGAUUCUGCUGCAGAACCUGAGACCAUGGCCAAACUAGCACAGGGAAUUGCCUCAUCUUCUGUCAACUCCAGACGCUGUUGCAACCACCCACACUAUGCCCAGUGGAGGAGGGAGGGCCUGGAGGAGUAACAGGUGCCAAGUACCGGGGUUCCAUUCAUGACUUCCCAAACUUCGACCCCAACCAGGAUGCUGAGGCUCUGUACACCGCCAUGAAGGGCUUAGGCAGUGACAAGGAGGCCAUACUGGAGCUGAUCACCUCCCGGAGCAACAGUCAGAGGCAGGAGAUCUGCCAGAGCUACAAGUCCCUCUACGGCAAGGACCUCAUUGCUGACUUGAAGUAUGAGCUGAUGGGGAAGUUUGAACGACUGAUUGUGGGCCUUAUGCGACCACUUGCCUAUUUCGAUGCCAAGGAGAUUAAAGAUGCCAUCUCAGGCAUUGGCACAGAUGAGAAAUGCCUCAUUGAGAUCUUGGCUUCCCGGACCAAUGAGCAGGUUCACCAGCUGGUGGCAGCAUACAAAGAUGCCUAUGAGCGGGACCUGGAGUCUGACGUCAUUGGCGAUACAUCUGGCCACUUCCAGAAGAUGCUUGUGGUCCUGCUCCAGGGAACCAGGGAAGAAGAUGAUGUAGUGAGUGAGGACCUGGUACAACAGGAUGUCCAGGAUCUGUAUGAGGCAGGGGAACUGAAGUGGGGAACAGAUGAAGCUCAGUUCAUUUACAUCUUGGGAAAUCGCAGCAAGCAGCAUCUUCGGUUGGUGUUUGAUGAGUACCUGAAGAUGACAGGAAAGCCUAUCGAAGCCAGCAUCCGAGGCGAGCUGUCCGGGGACUUUGAGAAGCUAAUGCUGGCUGUGGUGAAAUGUAUCCGGAGCACCUCAGAGUAUUUUGCUGAAAGGCUCUUCAAGGCCAUGAAGGGCCUGGGGACUCGGGACAACACCCUGAUCCGCAUCAUGGUCUCCCGGAGCGAGCUGGACAUGCUUGACAUCCGCGAGAUCUUCCGGACCAAGUAUGAGAAGUCUCUCUACAGCAUGAUCAAGAACGAUACCUCUGGCGAGUACAAGAAGGCUUUGCUGAAGCUGUGUGGUGGAGAUGAUGAUGCUGCUGGCCAGUUCUUCCCGGAGGCAGCGCAGGUGGCCUAUCAGAUGUGGGAACUUAGUGCAGUGUCACGAGUAGAGCUGAAGGGAACUGUGCGCCCAGCCAAUGACUUCAACCCUGACGCAGAUGCCAAAGCGCUGCGGAAAGCCAUGAAGGGACUUGGAACAGAUGAAGGCACCAUCAUUGAUAUCAUCACACACCGGAGCAAUGCCCAGCGGCAGCAGAUCCGGCAGACCUUCAAGUCUCACUUUGGCCGGGACUUAAUGGCUGACCUGAAGUCUGAGCUCUCUGGAGAUCUGGCGAGGCUGAUUCUGGGGCUCAUGAUGUCACCGGCCCACUAUGAUGCUAAGCAGUUGAAGAAGGCCAUGGAGGGAGCUGGCACAGAUGAAAAGGCUCUUAUCGAAAUCCUGGCUACUCGGACCAAUGCCGAAAUCCGGGCCAUCAAUGAGGCCUAUAAAGAGGACUAUCACAAGUCCCUAGAGGAUGCUUUGAGCUCAGACACAUCUGGCCACUUCAGGCGAAUCCUCAUUUCUCUAGCCACGGGGAACCGCGAAGAGGGAGGAGAAGACCGGGACCAGGCCCGGGAAGAUGCCCAGGUGGCUGCCGAGAUCUUGGAGAUAGCAGACAAACCUAGUGGAGACAAAACUUCCUUGGAGACGCGUUUCAUGACGAUUCUGUGCACCCGCAGCUAUCCUCACCUCCGGAGAGUUUUCCAGGAGUUCAUCAAGAUGACCAACUAUGAUGUAGAACACACCAUCAAGAAGGAGAUGUCCGGAGAUGUCAAGAACGCAUUUGUGGCCAUUGUUCAAAGUGUCAAGAAUAAGCCUCUCUUCUUUGCUGACAAACUUUACAAGUCCAUGAAGGGUACUGGCACGGAUGAGAAGACCCUUACCAGGAUCAUGAUCUCCCGGAGUGAGAUUGACCUGCUCAAUAUCCGGCGGGAAUUCGUUGAGAAAUAUGACAUGUCUCUCCACCAAGCCAUUGAGGGCGACACCUCUGGAGACUUCCUGAAGGCAUUGUUGGCUCUCUGUGGCGGUGAGGACUAGGGCCGCCAGUUUGACAGACACCGAGAAACAGUCAGCAGCCACCAUGGCCAACCCCGAAUGUUCCAGUUCCAAAGACUGAGGAAGGGGCAGGGUGGGGGGAGGGUUAGGGUUGGGCUCUUCAACCGGGGCAUAGGAAAGUCUCCCACUCCCACAGGCCACUGAAGGCCCAGCACAGUCCUUCCUGCUCAUAGCCAACUGGCUAAAGAACUACAGCCAUUCACCGUGCACCUCUUGUCCACCUCCAUCCUCCUCUGACACUUAAGCCUUUCCCAGCUUCCUUCCCUUGCCAUAGCCUGUGCCCUGGUUUGUCAAAUCCAAAAACAUGCUGAGCCUUUGUCAGUAAUGAGUGGCGUAUGUGCUUUGAAUGGUGGGUUGGUGGCAGGUGCUGGUGGAGAGUGCUAGGGUGGGGGGAGGAGUUAUGUGUUUGGGCAAACUGACUACCCUCCCCCUGUAUUUCACACCGAUCCCCAUGCAGGCUGUGCUAGGAUCCUGGCCCAGACCCAGAUGCCUGGGUUCAAAUUUGCAUCUGCCAUGCACUUUCUUUCCUACCUCUGGCUAGUCCCAUUCCCUCCCUGAGUCUCUCCACUCUUACCUACAAAAUAGGAGAGUUAGAACCUGUAGCCUGGAUUUUCCUUAUUAGAGCUGGAAGUUGUGAAUCUGCCCAUGAGUGAAUUAUGUCUUUAAACUCUUCUGGGGUGUUUCCUGGGAAGCCCACAGAAUCUGAGCCUGCAGUCAGUCUGGGAAAGCUAGCCCAGCCUUGCUAGAUCUUAGGUGCUUUCUCGGCCCCUCUAGCUGCCUGAGCAUUUCUUUGUCUGUUCUUCAUCCUUUAUAACCAAACCCAAACUUCCUCUUUUGAACUCUUCAAGGGCACCAGAUGUGAUUGCGAUCUGGGGAGGCCCGUGGGAAGUUUCCACUUCAUGAAGGACACUGAUAAGCAAGUAGGCUCAACUGCAAUUUCUCUGUCUUCCCCUCCCCCAGCCCACUUCUGCUCCAAGCCUUGGGUCUAAGAUUGUCCAGUGACCACGGGUGUGCCUGCUGGCUGGCUGGAAGGCUCUGCCCCCUACCCUGACUGGCCAACACAGUUUAUGGCAGUUGCCAAGGCAGUUGAGAGACUUGCUUGGUGUUGUCUUCUCCCUCCCCUGCAGUGUGAUCUUGGACCAGCCAUUGCCCUUGCUGGGCCUCUUUCCUCAUUUGUAUAGUAAAGGGUUGGACCAUUUUGAA